ACCUCUUAAGUGGGUGAAGUUCUGUUAGGGAAUGGGCUGAUGAACAACUUGAUGAUGAUGACGAUCUGAUAUUUCUGAUUUUGUAUAAUGUAGUUAAGAAUUUCUUUUUUGGUAUUCGAGUAGCUUAUUAAGAAGAAUUUAGGCCUUUUUCCAAAAAAAAAAUAAAAUAAAUUUAUUACCUAUGAAUAUAACUAACUAUGACAUAAUGUCUAUGUAAAGAUUUUGUAAAAUGUCUAUGUAUCAGUAAUGAACUUUUAAAUUCUGGUUAUUGGAUAUAACGGGGUAAACGUGGCAACCAUAUAAGCUGCUUGGUCAAGUAUAUCCAAUAAUCAGAAUUUGAAACUUCAUUACAUUAUAAAGACAUUUUUCAAGAUAUUUACAUAACAUAGACAUUUGGUCAUAGUUAGUUACAUCCAUAGGUAAUAAAAAAAAGUUAAUUUAAUGAUAUCAUGGCCUGUUUUGAAAUGCUACUUCUAACGUGUUUCAAAGUAAUGGCCUUAAACAUAUAUUAAGGUAUAAGCUAUUUUGGCAGUGAAACUAUUCCGUUGAGUAUCUGUUACUACUUCUUUAUAUAUUAUCUUGUCGGCCAGAAAAUGAAGGGCUAUAUAUUGUCGUGGGUUUAAAAUUCUGUGAGUGGAGAAUAUUUGUGGUUUUGGAUUUGUUAAUACAGUAUAAGCUCUCAAGUUCAACAUUUGGGAGAUGACCUUAAGGAGGUAAUACUCACUAUGGGAUAUGAGUAAAUCUUAGGUGGAAUAAAGAAGGGCAUUUAUUCCUUAAAGUCUAUUUUUUACAUACAAAUAGAUGGGUGGUACAUGUGCACCUUGAUUCUGAUACAAUGUGCUUUAGCAUAAAAUAUAUCACCACAUAACCGUUUGCCAUAACGGAAUCAAAGGGGGUUUAAAUCGUAAGAAUUAGUUAUUUUGACCAAGUCUAAAACUGGGUUUGGCUUUAAUAAUUGAGUUUAACAUGUAUGGUUGACAAAUUAAGUCAACCGUUAUUAUACCAAAGUUCAAGCUAUAAAUAAGCCAUAUACUGUUGUAGAAAAUAACAACAAUUCAAAAAAUGGAGAAGUUCGCAUUAUGCAUAAUGCUAUUUACAAUGGUAUGGUUUGGUUAUGUAGAAAGUGUCAAUGUGGGUUUAGGAUGUUCACAAGCAGAUAACUCAACUGUGAAUGCUGUUUACCAAUCAAACCUUAGAACCCUUUUAAAUUCAUUAGCUAGAAACGUGCCUUUUCAAGACGGUUUUUUCUAUAAUGCUAGUGCUGGAAAUGCUUCAGAUGAUCGAGUUUAUGGUCUGGCGUGGUGUCGAGGGGAUGUUUCUCGCGACAGAUGCUCCGAUUGUUUGAACAGGACUAUCAGUGUACCUUUGGAAGACUGUCCUGAAAGCAAAGACUUGGUGUUAUGGUCUAGCAUAUGUAGUUUAAGGUUCAAGAACAUGAGUUUCUUUGGCGAGCUUUGGAAUAGCACGUCAGAAGCAGCUUAUGGUACAAAAGGACUCGAUGACCCUUCGGUGUUUUCAAAAGGGUUCUCAAUGAUGGAAAGUUUAGCAAUAAAUGUUUCUAAUAGACCAUUGAUGUUUGAAAGUAGUGUUAUAGAUGUUGGAAAUGAUGGGAAGAGGUUCGGGCUGGGGCAGUGUAGUCGAGAUUUGAGCAAGUUGGAUUGUCAAAACUGCUUGGAGGAACUUCUAACGACUUAUCAGACGUACGUGUUGAAUCAAACAUGGUGGGAAAUGCAAAGAGUGAGUUGUGGUAUGUGGUAUGAUGAUGAUGCUAGUUUUUCCUACAACUAUACGUGGCCGACUCUGGGUCCGGAUACUUCAGGGCUGACUCCGGGUGCGGAUGCUUCAGGGCCGACUCCGGGUUCAGAUGCUUCAGGAUGUGGAGAAAGAUGGUACAAAGGAGAGAUAAUCCUGGCUUUGAUAGCAUUUGUUAUGUUCUAUUGAGGUCCACGAAUCAAGAUCAAGAGUGGAUUAUCCAUGUUAUGUUUUGUUUGUAUAUCCUAUGAUCCCAUCAAUAAAGCAUUUUAACAUAUUCAAAUACAUGUGGUUAUUUGUCAAAGUACUGGUAUUGUAAUUCAAAAGGUUUUACAAAUUGGUUAAAGAGUUGAAAUUUUUUUCUGUUCAUAUUA